CACCUACCUACUGUUAGAAUAGUGUCAUUUUACUUCUGAUCAAACACAUUUUAUUUUCUCGUAGACGUCCUUAACUCUUCCCAAUAAUCACUCCUUUUCCUGAUUCCCAUUAGGAAGUCUUUUCAUUCAUGACCUGCUGGUUGAAAGUCGAUCCUCCUAUCAGCCCCGUGCUAAGGCUUGAUUGACAUUUCACAUUUCACAUUUCAUUUAUUUGUCUUGCCUCUAACCCCGGAAACCUUCAAAAACUUCUUGACCUCUCGAUACCUACUUUUGGACUUCAUAACAAUUAUUCGUCGCUAUCUUGCCUUGCCCUAUUCACUCCUUUUCAUCACGACUUUCACUUCAGGGCUUAGAUGUGGCAGAGCAAUCUUGCUGUAUUUCAUUUGGAUGUUAAUCAUAAUCUGUGCUCGUGCCUGUCACAAAUCAUCUCAUAAAGUGGUAGUUAAAUAAACCACUGCCAGAACCAGAUUUAUUAUUCUUUCGAGGUUUGCGACCUCACGAUACGAUAGAGUCAUGACGCGCCCGGAAAUAAUUCGCGCUGGUUGGUUUUGAUUACCUCACUGCCGCUCUUCAAUGGUUACUGAUUCUAUAGAUUCAAUUGACCUCCAGGACCCAAAUGCUCCAUCGGCGCAAGACCAUUCCAAGAAGCAGGCAAAUGCAACACCUUUAGGUGCUGGGCCGCCCGCUCCACACCAGGCCGAAGCACUGCGAGAAGCCGCCGCAGAUGUCGCAGAUGAACAGCAUCGAAGUCCGCGAGUGUCAAGGGAAUGGACGAAUGGCGAAGGGCAAAUGAUGCAAGAUUUUACGAGUGACGACUUGACCGCCGAGGUUACCUCUGCCUUGAACGGAAACAAUCAGCGAGAUGAUUUGGCAAUUGCUCAGAAUGGUGGUUCGACAGGUGCUUGGGGCGAAGAUGGGGACAUGGCAGAUGCCGAGGGGGACGAUAGCAUGGAUGAUGAUAUGAUGGACAAGAUUUCAAGCUCUCCAUCCAUCGACGAUGGUGGGUAUUUCCUUCCAAAAACUUGGCCUUCUAGGUCCGACUCCCUCUCCCGGGAAAGCUCCUCGUCGUUUUCACAAGCGUGCGGCGAAAGUUCAUCCCCUUUCGUGGAGCCACCCACUUUCUUUCCGUUACAACCCAUGAGCGACCAGCUAGAAAUGGACCUGAGCCAGGUGGCUCACGAAAUUCAAUAUCAUCAUCAUCAUCUAGGUGAGUAUCUCGACCGAGCGAAUAGUACUACGUCCAAUUACGAUACCGACGCGCCUAUACCAGUAACCCCGGAAAAGUAUGGACCUUACAUGGAAAAGCAAGACCAGGGCUACAAUGAAGAGUAUUUCCAAGACCAGCUCACAGCAAUGCAUGAUUCGGACCAGGAUACGGCCCCAAAUUCCUCUUUCGAUCCUUACGACUACGAGGCCAUGACCAUACCUUACGAAAGCUCCGAGGACGAAGAAGACCAAUAUGAUGAGGACGACGAUGAUGAUGACGAUGAUAUUCCAUAUGCUGCUGACUCUAGAUUUGUUGAUUCCGGAUGGGGUGGAGAGUGCUUACAAGAAUCAGAAGAUAUCGAUUUCGAAUUCGUUUACGCGCUCCAUACCUUCGUCGCUACGGUAGAAGGUCAAGCGAAUGCCACGAAAGGAGAUACCAUGGUUUUACUAGACGAUAGCAACAGCUACUGGUGGCUAGUAAGAGUAGUCAAGGACAGCAGUAUAGGCAAGUCACACGGCAAAUCAUCUCAUCUAAUUGCUAACAUUAGUUUCAACGGGUAGGUUACUUACCAGCAGAACAUAUCGAAACGCCAACAGAGAGACUAGCAAGGCUUAACAAACAUAGGAAUAUUGAUGUACGUGAUAUUUCCUGGCCUUGCGACACCUUACUAACAUGCACAGCUUUCAUCGACCAGGUUGCAUGACCAAGCAGAGAAGUCAAAAAACCCCCUGAAGAAAGCAAUUCGACGAAGGAAUGCUAAGACUGUAACCUUUACGGCGCCGACAUACGUCGAGGCCUCUGAUGUCGAUUACUCUACUGACGAAGAGGAUGGUGAUGGGGACUUCUACGGGCAACAAGAGCAACAGCGUGAGCAGCAAGAGCAGACCGUUGAGGAUGAUGAAAUCGUUGCAAUCGAGCCGCUCAAACCACGUUCUGAGUUACGCGAAGUGAAAUCGGAAAGUCCAGAACGUGAUGAUUCUGCCGGUAAAUCAAGCUUAGACGCAGCUAGAAAUAGCGACGAGAUGUCUGAAGGAAAGCUAGAAGGUAGCAAAUCCAGGAAUGGUACUCUACGCAACACGGAUUCAUUCUUCAAAGACGACACAGUGGAAACUCGAAAAAUUACACUUACGCCAAAUCUGCUUCGUGAUGAUUCUAGCACUUCAACUCGGACAUCUAAUGACUCGGAGAAACAGAAGCAGAGGCCGAGCCUCGAUAGACUUGAGAAGGAUCUUGUUUCAGACAAAACCAAGGACAAGAAGGAAAAGAAAGACAAGAAAGAAAAGGAGAAGAAGCCAGGAAUGCUUAGCGGGCUAUUCAAGCGAAAGGACAAGAAGUCGAAGCAGCAGGAGGAUGAUCUCGAAGACUCAAUAACAUCAAGCAAGCAAUCAAGCGAGAAUCCUAGGUCAUCUCCUUCUCCUAGCAAGGACUCGGAUCUGGCAUCUCUCGAGGAAUCAAGUCCCGAAACUCAGAAGCAGCCCAGCAAGUUACAGAAACAACCGCGGCCGGAAACCUCGCCCAAUCGCAACCAGAACAUGAGGGCGCCAAGGUCUAUGGAACCACAACUUACCACAAUUUCUGAACGCGCAUUUGCAGCUGAUUCGACUCCAGGGCCUUCGUUACGUUUAGUACAGCCCGAGCCACAAACAGUCACUCCAGGCCAACAGGAAUCUUCUAGCUCACCCACGAGUUCGAGUCCCAGGUCACCUGGGCCGAUAUCUAAAAUUUUACAUUCCGCAAUUUCUACCAAUUCGGAGCCAAAGCCUGUCAAAGCGAAGAAGGCAAAGGCUCGAGUCGAGUUGGAUGAUUUUGAUUCAUCUUCGGAAGAAUCCGAUGUUGAAGAAUCUAUUCGUUUCUCAGGUGAACAGGCUCAACGACCUAUUCCAGGUAGCUUUCCUGACAGUUACAUGGCAGCCCCUGCGGUUGAAAGUCAUGACGCUGUGGACGAGAGAUUAUUGGAAUCGCCAGUACAAAUCUCUCCGAUCACACCGACAACUUCUCAUCCGCCAGCACUCAUGGUCGAUACGUCUAGUCAAGAAGAACCACCAUCACCAAUGUCAUCACCUUCACCUGAGCUUAUUGAUGCUGAUGAUGUUAAGAAGGGGACGGGAAGCUCUACAACUUCAACAUCCACACCUACAUGGAGCGACUCGCAUCUCAGGACAUUCUUCGAUGAUGAUACAGACAUAAGAGAUCUGCUGGUUGUUGUUUACGAUAAAUCAGGAGUCGUGCCGGCAGGAUCAGAUCAUCCUAUUGUGGGCAGUCUUUUCAAGGAAGAAAAUGCCAAAUUGGCAGAUAUAACCAACGUGAGUUUUGAUGAGAUGGAAAGAAAUAUUAUUGUACUGACUAUAUUACAGCGUUUGGAUGGAAUGCUAGGUGAUUGGUUGGCCCGCAAAAUGAGGACACAACCUUCAAGAUGAACACCAAAUACAAAUGUAAAUCUUACAUGAAUCAAUGAAUUUAUGAUGAAGCUGGAGUGGUUUGGGCACAAAUUCUGGCGCUACUGGGGAAAAGGAGGGUUUGGCAUGGGGAUGGGGAUGGGAUACCUUAUACCACAACAUUGGAUCUUUGAAAGAUUUGUUCAUUCGGCAGCAUUGGCAAUGGCGCCCUGUACAUAGUUUUGCUUGCAUCGUCGGCUGGUUAUUUUCGAUUGGUUUUUUUCUUCCCUUUCAUACUGCUCCUGAUGGAUUUAUAUAUCAAAAGAUUCUGUUGUACGCGGGUAUCCGAAGGGCCACAUACUAGGUAGCAUU